AGCUAGACGCGCAGUGGUAAAUCCAGUCGUAGUUUUUUUUCUAGUGGUUUUACCGUUACUUACGCAGGCGUAGAACGGGCGAAAAUUCACCCCCCGUGAACGAAGGAAAGCAUGCCGCGUCCUUUUGGUUCGUUCUUGAAGGGAUUCUCCGAGUGAAAGAGUGCUCGUGGAUAAAUCGAAAAUAUUGCAAUAAGUGAAUAGACUUUCCGUGGGACAAAUUUUUCAAUUUUGUACUGUUCUAAAAUUGAAACGAGUUGCAGCGCUAUUUUUUAGAAAAAUUAUAAAAAACUUCACUAACCAAGAAUGACCACAAGUGCGAAACAGUGAUAAGACAACACAACACACUAACACCGCGCGCAAAGUGACAUCAUAUGCCUUAAACCACCGAAAAUGUCCCUCGAACAACCCCUAGUCCCCACCAACGUGCCCCCCAUCCCCGAAGAGACCCCGGGAUCGACCCCUGUGGCACCCCGCAGGGACAGCCUCGCGAAACAAGAGACCGUCGACGAGAAAAACAAAACCAAUGAAAUGACAGACGUAAACAAAAGCUCGUCGAAUCCGACCACGGUUUCCGGUGACGUCCAGAAGGCCGAGGCGGGCGCCGCGACGCUCAGUAGCGCUCAGAACGGGACGCCGGGAGUUGAUGAGCGUCUUGCGAAGCCCCUUGUGCCUAUGUCCACCAUGGAGGAGGAGAAUCUGAGGGAGAGGCUCAGGCAGGCCCAGCUAAAAAAGUGCCAUGAAAUUGUGUUCAAGGAACCCAGAUAUACCAGGGAUGCGUUCAGGAGGUUGUUUCAGACCAAGGAACUUUUGGAGCAGCUAUUCAAGCUAUUCGACCAGGACAGAGAUCAGUGUUUACCUCAGGAGAACUGGAUUGAAUUCCUAAAGCAGCGAUUAACGGAUGAAAAGCAAAUAGACUUUGCGGAGCAACUGGAGAGCGUGGCGUUUUGUCUAUGCGGUGAAAAACCGAUAUAUUUAGAACAAUUUUACCAAAUAUUCAAUGCUAAGGGCAUAGUAGAUAAAUUAUUUAGACUAAUCGAUCAAGAUAAUUCUGGGGUAGUCACGUCAGAGAAGAUAAUGGAGUUUCUAGCAUCAAUAUCCAACACCAGACCAAGAACUGGAUUCGAUAAAGGUAGUUUGGACCGACUGGAACAGCUCUUCAGACAGACCGUGGGGAAUGAAAAAGAAAUACGCAAAGAAGACUUCAAGAAAAUUGUUAUCUCAAAAAAUCCCUUUUUCACAGACAGGGUAUUCCAAAUCUUCGACAAAGACAACUCGGGUUCCAUAUCCCUACAAGAAUUCUUGGACGCGAUGCACCAGUUCGCUGGUCAGUCGCCGGACGACAAAAUCAAGUUCCUCUUCAAAGUGUACGACUUGGACGGUGAUGGUCUGAUUCAGCACAAGGAACUACAGCACGUUAUGAGGGCCUGUAUGGAGGAAAACGGGAUGAAAUUCAGUGAGGAGCAGAUAGUUGAUUUGACGGUAGCCAUGUUCGAAGACGCCGAUACCAAUAAUAGAGGCGCCAUUACCUACGAGGCUCUCAAGAAUCAGCUUGAGAAGCAUGGAGGUCUUCUAGAAAAUUUAACUAUAAGCAUUGAUCGAUGGCUGGUACCACCAAAACCGAAAGCACCCCCUACCUCCAUCAUAGGAAGGAUCAUGUCCUAUCGCCCUUACCAACUCACGCUGCCCUACGUGAAGAACAACUACGUUUAUCUAAUAUUCUUGUGUUUUUUCCUGAUAGUCAACGCGUCGCUGUUCAUUUCUAGGGCGGUAGAGUACAGGAAUUCGAACUGGUACACGAUAUUCGCCAGAGCGUGUGGACAGUGUCUGAACUUUAACUGUAUGUUCAUCCUGGUCCUGAUGCUGCGGCAGUGCAUAACGUUUCUAAGGACCAGGGGGUUCAGUUCCGUCUUACCUCUCGACCAACACAUUUACUUCCACAAGCUGACCGGUAUGUUCAUUUUCGGCUACAGCUUUCUACACACCGUGAUGCACGUGUGCAACUUCAGUCUUGUCAUCGUGAAUGACCCUAUGCUUAACGCCAAGAACUUCACGACGACCGAGUGGUUGUUAACCAGCAAACCGGGGUUGUUCGGGCUGAUCGGGGGCUUGGCGAACCCCACGGGUGUUGCCCUUUUCGUGAUACUCUGUGUCAUGUUCGUUUGCUCGCAAGCGUUUGUUCGACGAGGCGGUUGCUUUGAGAUCUUCUACUACACCCAUCUGAUGUACGUGCCGUUUUGGAUUCUUCUAAUUCUGCAUGGUCCGAACUUUUGGAAAUGGUUCAUCAUCCCGGGGGUAGCUUAUGGUUUGGAGAGGGCCUACAGGUCGACUUUCAUAGUGACCGAACGAGGCAAGACUUACAUCAGUUCCGGGUUGCUCCUGCCGUCUAAAGUCACGCAUUUGGUCAUAAAGAGACCCAUCCAGUUCGAUUUCCAUCCGGGUGAUUACGUUUUCGUUAACAUACCGGCUAUAGCCAAGUACGAGUGGCAUCCUUUCACCAUCAGCAGCGCUCCCGAACAAGAAGAUUACAUGUGGUUGCACAUCAGGGCGGUUGGUCAAUGGACCAACAGGCUCUACGAGUACUUCGAGAAAGAACAAGAAAAACUCCACAACGGCGAGAUAUCGCCCUUAACCUCGCCCCCGAAGAAAAGGCUGUCCAACGGAAGCAUAGAGAACAACAACCAGAGCCCAUUGAAGAAGCUCCAGGCCACCAUCACCAGGACCCUUUCGAAUAGAGACGCGAACAAGAAGCCGGUGGUUCAACUGGUGGGAUUUUCCAAUGAGAACUUCAGGAACGACGAAGCAGACCGUCCCACGGCAGUCAGCGAAACGGACUUGACGGCGAAGGCUUCGUGCAGUUCCUCAGACUUACCACAUUCCAGACCGACGAAGCUAGCGCUGACGCCGGAAAACAAGUUUCGCAGGUUGCUCUUCACCAACAAGGCGCCGUUGGAAAAGUCGCUUUCCAUGCCCGACAUGCAAACCAAGGCGAAGAAACGGGAGAGGAUGCUCGUUUUGCGCGAGUAUAUGAGAUCGGAGUCGGAGAAGAGCUUCAAUGAAUGCCAGAUGAAGAGAGCCAGGUUCAAAUCGCUGGGCUUGGCGUAUCUGAGUCCUCAGAACAAGAGUUUGGCCCAAAGCUUCCGGUACAUGAGGAACAAGCCGACUAUAAUAGCGUUCAAGACGCCCAGUCUGGAGAAUUGCGAGCAGAGGGAGUCCAGCCAUUCGCUUGGUCGGCAGAUCAGCUCCUUGAGCUUCACGUUGAGUCCGGAAAGGCAAGCUGAGGAGGGUUUGCUGGGUAUCCAGGAAGCCUCGUCGUCUCCAAAGGCGAGCCCCAUAAAGGCGGUGAAUUACCCCGUGGGGAAACCUCUCGAGAUAUAUCUGGACGGGCCCUACGGAGCACCGUCCAGCCACAUAUUCCGGGCGCAACACGCCGUGCUCAUAGCCACCGGAAUCGGAGUAACACCGUUCGCCUCCAUUUUACAGUCCAUAAUGCACCGGUACUGGAAAGCGAGACACACCUGUCCCAGAUGCAAGUUUUCCUGGGCCAGCGAAAUACCAGCCACCAUCAUGAACCUCAGGAAGGUGGACUUCUUCUGGAUCAACAGGGACCAGAGGUCUUUCGAGUGGUUCGUCAACCUGCUGUCUCAGUUGGAGAUCGAGCAGGCCGAGCUUGGCGGGGCCAUGGAGAGGUUCCUGGAGAUGCACAUGUAUAUAACCAGCGCCCUGCAGAAAACGGACAUGAAAGCUGUCGGGCUUCAGCUGGCACUGGAUCUGUUACAUGAAAAGGAAAAACGGGACCUGAUAACAGGUCUAAAGACCCGCACCAACGCGGGCCGCCCGAACUGGGACAAAGUAUUCAAGCACAUCUCGGAUCAAAAGAAAGGUAAGGUAACGAUAUUCUAUUGCGGUCCUCCUCAUUUAGCAAGAAUAUUGCGUAUGAAAAGUGACCUGUACGGCUUUAGUUUCCGGAAAGAAACGUUCUAGUAUGCGCUCUCUGUGUUUAUAUUGUAUAGUAUUUAUUUUCCCCAAGUAGAUAUUUAUUUUUAUUUGUACUAUAGUGUAAUUAUAGCGUAAAAUACUUCUAGUUUCUUUUUUAAAUAACGUCUUAGUGCUGUAGUCUAUUUUUUUAUGUAUAUAUUUUAGCACCCUCUUAGCUGUACACUGUUUCAGUCUCGGACCCACUUAUAUUUUAUUUUAACCACUUCUUUAUGUAACUGAAAAUAGUUUCGCGGUUAUGGUAUUUCAUUUCAAGCUAUUAUUAACCGAAGUAUGAUUUUCUA